CUUCGACCGGGCCCUUGCUUUUGCGAGUCUUUGCCGGAGCACUGUGGACGGAUGCUGCUGGGAAUGCACAGUGUGUCCCUGUAUGUCCCUGGCGGUGUCUAGACGGGUGGCCUCUGAGGUCCCUGGCUGCGAUGGAGCCCUGCCCAGUGCCCACGGUGGCACGGAGCUUCGAUGGAGGCAGCCCGGGUGAAGAGGGCAAGGCGAGAUCCUCUUUAAGGUUAGCAAGGCAAGGCCAGAGGGAGCAGCCCAGUAAGGAGACGGCAACCCAGUAAGGAGAUAGACGGGCAGCCCAGUAAGGAGAGGCCCGCUGGGAGGAGAACAGGAACAGGGCAACGCAUGGAUUUUCCAGAUUGCCAUCUUGCUUUGCCUGAGGUACCUACAGUCCUACAGUCCUCCAGUACAGUGUACAGUACAACGUUGUAUCCGUCCGGCCAGGUCCAGGCCUUCUGGCCUCCCCCCUAUCACCGAUGGAGACCGGUGAUAUAGUCGCAUGCGGCGUACAGCGAUGACAGUGCGCAAGCCUUUGUGCCAGGUCAUUGUGCUCUUUGUCCCGUGCUCCAGUGGAGUUCAGGCGGCGCCGGCUCCAACGUCUCCAGUUGAUGGCGGCGACGGUGAGCGAGCGCCAAAGGACGGCGCCGGUAGACGCACGGGAUAUGCGGCGGCUCUGGGCUUGUGUCGGGCGUGGCGAUCAAAGGCGUGCUCCAUCCCAUCUGGGAAUCUACGCAUCAUGGGGCUGUUCCAAAGUUAGCAUCCAUUCAUCUCCCUUUGGCCAAUAUCUCGCCGCCCAGCUCAUUGAUUGCCAUGGCUAUGAUUGCCUCAGGGCUGCCCCAUGAAUGGUGGUGGUUGAUGCGCCGCGGUCCUAAAAAAAGGGACGACUCUGGA